AUGGCUGGGAAUUUCACAGAUUUCGGGGAUUUGGUUCUUAUAAUAGGGGAUUUUCAUGUACCCCAAAGAGCCAUAGAUCUGCCCCCAUGCUUCAAGGAGCUGCUGCAUACAGACAAGAUACGCCACGUUCUAUGCACCGGCAAUGUAGGCAGCGAGUCGAUGCUAGAAUUCCUCAGAGGCAUCGCUGGCUCUGUACACAUCGUCAAGGGAGAUAUGGAUGAGGGAAUGGAUUUCCCUGAAUACAAAAUACUGCAGUUCGGGGAGUUCAAAGUGGCGCUGCUGCACGGCCAUCAAGUUGUGCCCUGGGGAGACGCAGAUGCCUUGCUGCAGUGGCAGCGGCGGCUGGAUUGCGACAUUGUGGUGUCUGGACACACACACAGCAACUCCGUGCGAGAGGUAGAAGGCCGUUUCUUUAUUAACCCUGGUUCUGCAACUGGGGCAUAUCAACCCUGGGCCCCCUCCCCUACCCCCAGCUUCAUGCUGAUGGCUCUGCAGGGAGCCUCGGUGGUGCUAUACAUAUACGAAGAGAGAGACGGAAAGGCAGAGGUCGUCAUGAUGGAGUUGUCAUGGCUCACGCGGCUUCGUAUGCUGCAGCAGCAAGCCCUGCGACAGCAGCAGCAGCAGCAGCAGCAGCAGCAGGAGCCGGGCUGGUAG